AUGUCAAGCACACAAUUUGCAAACAAAGUCGCCAUUGUGACAGGCGCAGGCACGGGGAUCGGGGCUGAUACUGCCGUGCUACUUGCCGAAAGAGGCGCGAGUGUGACAAUCGUUGGCAGAAGGGAGGGGCCACUUCGUCAAAUCGAGGAAAGAAUCAAAGCCCUAGGUGGGAAGGUGCUGGUCGUAGUGGCCGACAUUUCUGACCUAACAAUGGUCGAGAAGGUUGUAGAAGAGACCGUGAAUACAUUUGGGGCUCUCCAUUAUGCCGUCAACAAUGCUGGUAUUACCGGCGAGUUUUCUGAUAUCACGGAUCUCGCGAAGGAAGCAUGGGACCAGACUAUCGCUAUCAACCUCUCAUCGGUCUUCUAUUGUAUGAAGACCCAGCUUCCAGCUAUCGAUAAAUCUGGCGGCGGAGCUGUUGUCAAUAUAUCAAGCGUCUUUGGUGACCGCGGUUUUCCUCAGCGUGCUGCAUACUCGGCUAGCAAGCAUGCUGUCAGGGGGUUGACUCGUGUUGCUGCUAUCGAGUGGGCAACUCGAAACAUCAGAGUUAACGAAGUUCAACCCGGUCUCAUAGAGAGCCCUAUGACAAACAGCAACGCCGAGGAAGCUGCGCAUAUUGCAACCGCAAUAGCAUUCAAACGUCCGGGGAAGGGGAGGGAGUGCGCAACUGCUAUCGCAUUUCUACUUUCCGAUGAUGCUUCCUAUAUCACAGGUACUCAUCUGACCGUCGAUGGAGGUUUCCUUGCUUGA